AUGUCUCAUGGAGAAGCUUCAACAGCUGCCACUAGUGGAAAAUGUUCGAAUAGAACUGAUCCGGGCAAGAAGUAUUGUUCUCCCGUUGAUGAAAAGUUGACUAGUAAAGUCAAAUGCAACUUUUGCAACAAAGAGAUGAACGGGGGCAUCACAAGAUCAAAAGAGCAUCUGAUGGGCAAGAAAGGAAAGGUUGCCCCAUGUCCUAGUUGUCCGAAACAGGUGCGAGAUGAGCUUUGGGAUCACUUCCAAUCCAAAAAAAAUUUUGGAAGCUCAGAUUUUGCGAAGUAUACAGAGUUUGUCGAUCUAGGUGGUACUGAUAGUACGAGUGGCAUUGGCAAUGCAGAUGAAGAUGCUACAGUAGUGAGAGGGCCGAUGGAUGAGUUUAUGAAAAGGGGUGCAGCUGCAAGUGCUGGAAAACUAAAGCAAAGAGAAUAUGAGGCAACAGAAUGCUUGUCGUUCAACGCGAUUCGGUUGCCGUACUUUGAUCGGAUGGUUCAAUCAAUUGGAGAAUUUGGCAAGAAUUUGCCAGUUCCGAGCUAUCAUGACAUCAGAGUUCCUCUUUUGCACAAAGAGAUGGAACAUACUGAAGCAUUAUUGGAGAAAAAGAAGAAGGUAUGGACGAAGGUUGGUUGCUCGAUUAUGUCAGAUGGAUGGUCUGAUCGGAAACAGAGGAGUAUUAUUAACUUUUUAGUUAAUUCUCCUAGUGGAUCCGUAUUUAUUAGAUCUAUUGAUGCAUCUGGCAUUGUGAAGACAGGAGAAAAAAUAUUUGAGAUGCUUGAUUCUAUGGUUGAUGAAAUUGGUGAAGAAAAUGUUGUCCAAGUAGUAACAGUCAACGGGAGUAAUUAUGUUGCAGCCGGGAAGUUGUUGAUGGCAAAGAGAGAGCAUCUUUAUUGGACUCCAUGUGCGGCACACUGUAUAGACCUAAUGCUCGAAGAUAUUGGUAAGAUUGCCGUGAUUAAGAAUACAAUUAAGAGGAGUAUUAGUCUUGUUGGCUAUAUUUAUAGUCAUAGUUUUACCUUAAACUUGUUAAGGACUACCACAAACAAAAAGGAGUUAGUGAGGUCGGCCAUCACUCGAUUUGCUGCAAUGAAGCGCAAUUUGGGCUGCAGACUACCACCAAUGAUUGGGCAGACGCGCAAUGAAGAAAACUUCAUAGGCCCAUGA